CAAGCCGCGCUGUGAUUGGUCGAGGCUCAAGCCGCGCCAGAUCAAAACUGCGUUUUACGUUAUAUCUUAUUUUCAUCUAAUUUCGUGUGAAAUAUGUCUAUUAAAAUCAGAUGAGGCGGAUUAAAGAGUGCUGCGGGUUUAACGGACGUCCCACCGAGGUAGAAAGAGCAGGUAUCGCGGUGUUUUGGAGAGGAAGCGCAGCUGCGACCGUUAUCCGCCGCUAGAGCAGAGACCGGGGACUCGAGUUGUGUCGCUACGCCGCGCGAGGCGCCUCUCCGUCGGCCUGACGGUCAUGAGCUGCCCGGUGGACUUCCAGGCCCUGCCCAGGGGCGUCCUGCGAGAGGUUUUUACUCCAGAAAACAUGAGAGCAAGGUGAAUUAAACUCACUCCGCUUAACACAUUUACUCUGGACCAAAAUGCUAUUGGUUUAAUCUUGAAAACAAACUGUUUAUCUUUUUAUUCCACACCUCAGAAAGAGGUUUGAUGGUUAUUUAAGACGUUUACACCGUUCAGACACAAUUAUACACCUAGGGCCUGAUUUACUAAGAUCCUAAAUAAAGAGUACUAAAUUGCGUGUGCACUGAAAAAGUUUGCACGUGCUGUUGUUGUGUGUUUUGCGGUUGUGGCUGAAAUAUGGUUCUGCGUCACACCAACGCAGAGCACACGCCGCAGCCGUGACGCCGUGCUGAACCCUUCGGACUUCUCCGUCACUCCAUUUGGUCGCGGUGCAGUACCCCCCGCGGCCGCUAGUUAGCGAUCUUUCUCUGAAUGGUUUAUCCGACUUUUUCCCGUCACAGUAAAUCAAAGAAAUAAGGACAACUAUUGUGCAAAAAACCAAAACAAAAAAAAUCACAUAUAAACGAAGAAAAGAGCCCUGGAAGUUCACUACUGCUUCAAACCGGAAACCGGAAAUGCUUCGCUUUCAAACGAACCAAUCACAGCCCUCUCGGUCUGCGUGUGGUCUGCGUCUCCUCGACGCGUAGUUACAAUUUUCGGGAGGUGCAGGUCAGUGACGCCGCAGGUGACGGCGUGUCGUCUGCGUCGAUCCAAACCACACGCCGUAGGCACGGCGCCAUUUUGACGCAGAAGCAUAAUUUAGCCUGCGUGCGCAAUUGAUAACUGGUGCAAACCUCAGUAUUUAAAUGAGGUGUUGCGUCUUACGGUUUGCGCCAUGGAGAGUCUGGAUGGAAAGCAGGAUAGUCGCAAGCGCAAAAUGAAAUUUGCAGAGUUGGAGUUAGAGAUAUUAGUGGAAGAGGCAAAUAAACACAUUCAUGAACUACAGCAAAGAAAUUUAAGCAUUAGCAAAAGAAACGCAAUAUGGCAGAAAAUCUGCGAUAGAAUAAAUGCAGUUGGUAAGACAAAAAGAACGGCAGAUGAGGUUAAAAGAAGGUGGCAAGAUAUGAGGCGAAGAACUAAAGAAAAAGUGGCCUUUAAUAAUACUUCGGCAACCAAGACGGGUGGAGGGCCUGCGGAAGAGAUGCCUCUUACCAGCAUUGAGCAGCAGGUGCAGCUCAAGGAAGAGAUGCCUCUAACCAGCAUUGAGCAGCAGGUGCAGCUCAAGGAAGAGAUGCCUCAAACCAGCAUUGAGCAGCAGGUGCAGCUCAAGGAAGAGAUGCCUCUAACCAGCAUUGAGCAGCAGGUGCAGCUCAAGGAAGAGAUGCCUCUAACCAGCAUCGAGCAGCAGGUGCAGCUCACCUUCUGCGAUGAGCAGAUAACUGGGAUACCGUGGUAUGACACGCUAGAGCCAACUGCAGAACAAGGUGGAGAAUCCUCACCACAAGUUGAGCCAUCCCCACCCCAGUCCUCAAAUCAGGACCCAACAAGCAUCCCUGCAGAGCCUCAAAAGCGGCCAGUUUAUGAGGACAUUGACAGAGAGUUUCUCCAAGAACAGAAAAAACAGUCUACAGCCCUUGAAGAUGGCUUAUCUUCCGUUGCGCACGAGGUGCGAGCUGUGUCCUCUAUGGCCCGAGCGCUCAGGCGGGAUACUCAGGCCAUUGCUGCGCACACUCGGCAGCUGGUCAGUGCUGUAUCGGGUCUGACAAUGGCUGUAAAUACCCUGGCGAGAGGGAUCCAGGAUGGAGUUCAGGCGGUGGUGAGGGCUCUCAUUCCCAGCGGUCCCAGAGUGGAGCAGCCAGAGACUGGAGAGGAGGGAGAGAGCAUUGGCGAGGUGCGCACUGGAGGACAGGAGAGCCACGUUGGAGCGACGUGUAACCUGCGAAAAAGAAAAAAACAACAUACAAAUGUGAAGGCAAAAAGAAGGAAAUAACCCACAACAGGCUCCACUACCUCCUGUCUUAUAUUUUAAAAGACCGGUAAUAAAAGUGUUUCUUUAAUUUCAGGAAGUAGCAUAGUGUAGCUUAAAUUUUUGUUAACUGCAGUGGCUGUGAAUGUUUAAUUUGUUUGGUUAAAUAAAUGUAUGAUUAAUUGUGUUUUUCUGUGUAUUAUUGAAUGAAAAUUAAGAAUUAAUGUAUUCCACUCACAGUUCAUGAGAAAUGGCCUUGAAUGAGAGUGAUGCGUGUCUGCAAUCCCGCAGCAUUGGGUUGUUGCCCCCCAGGGAGCCCAUGGUCCACAUCAUCAUCAUCAUCAUCAUCAUCAUCAUCAUCA